AUGCAAUUUGACUAUGAAGGAAGCUCAUUCUUGGUUGAGCAUUAUAAGCAUGUAUUAAACAUUAACGAAAAUGAUUUAAAAAGUGAAAUGUUGGUGUUAAAAAAUGUUAUUGGUGAUAACUUAAAGGACAUGAAUUUCAUAAAAGAAAAUUUGAAUAAAAAAGUGUUUCCUAAUUUGUACUUAAUGGUACAAGUAGCUAUUACUUUGCCAAUUUCAUCUGCCACAUCAGAACGCUCCUUUUCAGCGAUGAGAAGGAUAAACACAUAUUUACGUUCCACAAUGAACCAGGAUCGGUUCAGUAAUCUAUCAAUUCUUCACAUCGAAAAAGAUAUUGAAAUUAAAAUCAAUGAAAUAUUACAAAUAUUUAUUGACAAAAAUAAAAGAAAAAUGAAACUUGAAUAA